CCUGAUAACGAAGAAGAGGGGAGGGUGUGCUAAUGUUUACAACCAUCGGGCUGUCAAUAAUCUGAUCGUAAAAACUGUGAUUUGGUCGCUAUUUCAGCAGCAUAUGUAAAAAGAUAAUUAUAUAAUGGCGCCGUCUAAAUGACCUCUUCUCGCAUUCAGUACAGCUCUUAUUUGACAGUAAGUUGCAGUGGCGGCUGGUGGAAAUGUUUGUAGGUCGGGCUGUGCCACAUCCAGUCAAUUUCAGCAAACAUCCAGGUUUUUGUGAACUGUGAGUCUCCUGGUUGCUCUGGACUCACUGCGUUACACAGUGGAUCUGAGUCGCCAUCUGGACAGAACAUUUCAGUGUUUUGCUGGUAAACAGUGUCCUGAUGGAGUGGGUAUUCAUCAUGAACCGGAUGAGCUCUCAGGGUAGCUCUGCAGCCCAGCGGAGACGGAUGGCCCUGGGGGUGGUGAUACUCCUGCUGGUGGAUGUCAUCUGGGUAGCCUCCUCUGAGCUAACCUCAUACAUUUUCAAGCGACAGGAGUACAACAAGCCCUUCUUCAGCACAUUCACCAAGACCUCCAUGUUUGUACUCUAUUUGCUGGGUUUCCUGCUGUGGCGGCCCUGGAGGCAGCAGUGCACUGGCACUCUGAAACGGCGGCACUCUGCGUUUUUUGCUGAUGCUGAGGCCUACUUUGCACCCUGCACCACUGACACCACUGUGAGCAACGGUUUGAGUGAACCACUGUAUGUUCCAGUGAAGUUCCAGGACGUAACCGCUGAGCACUCAAAUUGUUUAAUCGGAGACUGUGAAUCUUCGGCUUCCAGAAAGCAGCGGGUGCGUUUUAGUAACAUCAUGGAGGUGCGUCAGCUGCCCUCUACUCAAGCCCUGGAGGCCAAACUGUCCCGCAUGUCCUAUCCAGCUGCCAAGGACCACGAGGCCAUGUUACGCACAGUGGGCAAGCUAACCAUCACUGAUGUGGCCAAAAUCAGCUUCUUCUUCUGCUUUGUGUGGUUCCUGGCUAACCUGUCGUAUCAGGAAGCCCUGUCCGACACGCAGGUUGCCAUUGUCAACAUCCUGUCAUCCACCUCAGGCCUGUUCACGCUCAUCUUAGCAGCCAUAUUUCCCAGCAACAGCAGCGACCGGUUCACCUUGUCCAAACUGUUAGCUGUGGCUCUGAGCAUGGGAGGUGUUACCCUCGUGAGUUUCUCCAGCAUGGACAACCCUGAUGGGAAAGGCGUCGGAGGUUCUCUGUGGUCACUGGCGGGGGCGGUGCUGUACGCUGUCUACAUCGUAAUGAUCAAGAGACGAGUGGACCGGGAGGAUAAGCUUGACAUCCCCAUGUUCUUUGGGUUUGUGGGUCUGUUCAACCUGCUGCUACUGUGGCCUGGCUUCCUCCUGCUCCACUAUACGGGCUUCGAGGCCUUUGAGCUCCCCAGCCAGCUGGUGUGGACAUACAUCCUUAUUAACGGCCUCAUUGGAACCGUUCUCUCAGAGUUCCUCUGGCUCUGGGGCUGUUUCCUCACAUCAUCUCUAAUCGGGACUCUGGCAUUGAGCCUCACCAUCCCGCUCUCUAUUAUGGCAGAUAUUUGCAUGGAAAAGGUACGCUUCUCGUGGCUGUUCUUUGCCGGGGCGGUCCCCGUCUUCCUCUCCUUCUUCAUCGCCGCGCUCUUAUGCCACUACAACAACUGGGACCCUGUCCUGGUGGGGCUGAGGAGAGUGUACGUCUUCAUUUGCAGGAAACAUCGCAUUCAGAGAUUGCCGGAAGACAGCGAGCAGUGUGAAAGCCUUAUUCCUCUACACACCGUCUCCCCCCACGAAGGAAGCUUCUGUUCGUGAUCCAGCAGUCAAACAAAGUGACGAACGUGGAUCUCGCUGAGCAGACAAUCUGGAAAGCUUUCAGAGACAUUGAACUACCCCAGUGCCUCCUAUUAAAUCUAUUUAUUUUCUACAGUGUUGAGACGACGCAUCCAUUUCUACAAGCUCCUUUUUUUAUUUUCACAUUCCAGUCAUCAGACUGAGAUUCAGUUUUUACGUUUUUUGGAUGUUUUCUGUGUAAAAAGGAAUCUUACGGUUCUCAAGGUGCUGGACAUUAUCAGUGAUUACUAUAUUGUCAUGUGACCAAAUGAAACGGUACAUGUUGAACUUGAUCAUAACACUAACAGAGGCAGAGUAAACUGUGUGUGUGUGUGUGUGUUUCUUAAACAAAUCUGGUGAGUUCAGAGUUCACAAAAUAUUUUUCAGGACGAACAUUGUUCCGUACUGGACAUCGUCGUGUUUGUCUGUAGGCCUUUUUGAAGCCUUGCUGCUUGUUUGUAAGUGUGUAUGUGUGUGAAGCAGACGCAGUGCAUCUUCACAAAAUGACAAUCUGUCAGACAUGUACGUAAAAAGUUUGUUUUUGAUUUGGCUGCCUUUUGACAGAGAAAGCCUGUUUUUUUUUUCAUAAAUCAACCAUGUGACACACUUCAUAUGAUGGGUCAAUCAGUGUGGCCGCAUUGUUUUCAGGACCGGUGAUGUGGUAGAAUGAGAAAUAGAGCACAUUGAUGAGUUCAUGUUACUCAGCCUCGGCAGCUUGGGUAAUGACAGAGCCAUUCAGAGUGACCUCUGCGGGUGAUGAUACUAACACUGUCCUGAUUGAACAUUUUAACAUCUCUCAGUAAAAAAAAGAAAUAGCCCUGUUUUCUUUUUUUUUUUUGUCUUAAUUUUCUUUCGUCAAGGAAACCUUUUGUAAGUCGGACAUGAAGAAAAACUGCAAUCACACUAGAGCUGAAGAAAGCAUCACAUCCUUCGACAGCUUUCUCCUUUCCUUCCGUACCUCUGACCGUGCUGGAUCAUGAAGACAAACUGUGAUAGAGAGAAUAGAGAAUAUGAACUGAUGGUAAACCUUCCGCUAUAAGCUACAAAACGCCUUGCUGCAAUAACGGUCGUCUGCUCGUAUGAGCAGUUUCCUUUUUCAAAAUGGGUGUAAAUACUGUGCACAGUGAAGCAUUCACAGAGUAUUGAUGUUUUUGUUUGUGAAAUUCAGAUAACCACUAUGAUUCCUGUCUGAGAUUGUGUAUCGUUUUAUAUUUUCUGCAUCAUUGUGACUGCCAGAGGAAAGAGUUUGCUUAACAGCCAAAUUACCUGCAGCUGAGAUUAUAUCACGUCGAUUGGACUGUUGUAUAUAAUCCUUUUUCUUUUUCUUAAGCAAAAAAAUGAUUUAUUAACUGUGUUUGUGAUUUCAUAUGAUGAGAGAAAAAAGCAUUUCUUUUAGCAGCCUGAGUGUGUGUCAUGUAAUCCAGGAUGUAAACACUACAGUUGAAGGUGAAAUGUCAAUGUUAUUCCACAUCCUGUUAAAUGUCAGCUGUGUGUACACAUCUUUAUGGAGUGUUUAUUGCACUCUGCAUUGACUGGACGAAUGAAGUGGAGGAAGUAGCCUAAUAACCGGCCUGUGAGGCUAAAUUAACGGGUUGAGCACUUUAAGUGACACAUAUAAACUCGUUCAUGUUCAUUAUUGCACUUGCUGUGUUUUUGCCAAUCAGUCCCUCCUUCUGUCACAGUUGCAAGUAUAAAAGCUUUUUUAAGAUGAUUAAUUUCCUAUGAUGUCUGCUUAGACUUCAAAAUAAAAUUACUUUUUUUUUUUUUAAAUCUUUUAUCAAUGGUGCUUUUAGAAUCAUGGAUAUGAUUUUUUUUUUCUUUCUCAGGUUCUUGUUUUUCAUAUCCGAGCAAUUUCUUUAUCUUUUAAGUGUCAUUAAUGAAGAUGUUAUAAGAUCUAAAAGAAGGCUUUAAGAGUAACUUCCCUUCUAUCAACCUCAGCUCUUGAAUUAUCCUUUUAUUUUGCAGGUCUGUUUUCAUACUUCCACUGCACUAUUAAAACAUAUCUUUUUAAA